AUGUUCUGUUUUCGAUCAGAAGAAUUUCGAGAACAACAACGAAUUAGUCGAGAAAUUGAACGUCAAUUACAUAAAGAUAAAAAUGCACACAGAAAAGAAGUGAAAUUACUAUUACUUGGUACUGGGGAAUCUGGUAAAAGUACUUUUGUAAAACAAAUGAGAAUUAUACAUGGAAUUGGUUAUACAGACAAAGAUAAAUGCUCGUUUAAGAAUUUAAUCUAUCAGAAUAUUUUUCUAGCCAUGCAUACAAUGUGUGAUGCAUUGAGUUCACUUUCGAUAGAAUUAAAAAAUCCUGAAAAUCAAGAAAACAUGAAACUUAUUCGAGAAGUUGAUAUUGAAGAUUCUAUUGCUCUGACACAUGAACGCAUCGAAGCCAUACUUCAAUUAUGGGCUGAUCCAGGAAUGAAAGAAUGUUAUGAACGCAGAAGGGAAUUUCAAUUGUCCGACUCAUCAAAGUACUACCUGAAUAAUUUUGACAGAAUCGCUGAUGCAAAUUACAUACCAAGUCUACAAGACAUUUUACGUGUACGUGUACCAACAACUGGCAUUGUUGAAUAUCCAUUCAAUUUGGAUUCAACUAUUUUCAGGAUUGUCGAUGUGGGCGGUCAAAGAUCAGAAAGAAGAAAAUGGAUUCAUUCCUUUGAAAAUGUUACUGCUAUUAUAUUUUUAGGUGCAUUAAAUGAAUAUGAUCAAGUUCUGGUAGAAAAUGAAAAUGUGAAUCGAAUGGAAGAAAGUCUUCUACUUUUCAAAACUAUCAUAAAUUAUCAAUGCUUUGAAUCCUUAUCAAUUGUAUUGUUCCUGAAUAAAAAAGAUAUUUUGGAAGAGAAAAUACAAUAUUCACAUUUGGUUGAUUAUUUCCCGAAAUUUACAGUUUAAUUAUUUUUUCAGGUCCAAAAAACGAUGCAAUAGCUGCACGCAAUUUCAUACUGACAAUGUAUCAAGGACUAAAUCCAAAUUGUGAAAGACCAAUUUAUUCACACUUUACUUGUGCUACAGAUACAGAGAAUAUUCGAGUUGUUUUUGUUGCUGUGAAAGAUACUAUAUUACAAACAAAUUUGAAAGAAUUCAAUCUCGUCUGAGUUCUAUGCAUCAAAGUAGUGGUUAUUGUCAUCUUAACAGAAUGCUAGAUCAUUUGUUUAGACAUUUAAAAAUAUAUAUUCUUAACAAAAC